AUGGCCGAGAAAGACAAGCCGGCAGCCACCCAGCCCAAGAACAUCCCAAAGGACGGCCAAGUAGUGAUGUCAAUAAUGAAAGAAAUGGGCAUAACGGAGUACGAGCCAAAAACAAUCGUCCAACUCACGGAAUUCAUCUACCGCUACGCCACGUCCAUCCUCGAGGAGGCUCGCAUGUACGCGAACAACAACGACCCCAAGAAAAAAUUCCUGGACGUGGACGACGUCAAACUCGCGCUCCAGCUCACCACAGAAUCGGCCUUCACGACGCCGCCCCCGCGCGAGGUGGUGCUUGAAUGCGCAAACAUCAAGAACUACACCCCUCUGCCCCUGGUGAAGCCCCACUGCGGCUUGCGGCUGCCCCCGGACCGCUACUGCCUGUCUUCGUGCAACUACGCGCUCAAGAGUUGCAACCAGAAGAAAACCAAGCCUAGUUACAACAGCCCCGGGCCGGGGGGCCCCGUCAAAGUCGCGACGAAGCUCAACGUCAGUUACGUGAAGCGGGCCCCCAUUGGGGUGACCAAGCAGUCGAUCACGAUCCCCAAAGCCGUGGCCAAGGUGGCGACCAGCGUCCCCGUCCAGCAGAAAACGACGCUCAAGCCGAAAAUACAAAUCCAGGGGCACAACGUGCAACUGGCUGCCACCAACGGGGCUCCCAUGGAGGUGGACAACCCGCUGAAGCGGAAGCGGGAGGAUGAGGGCGACACUUAAUCAUGACCUUUAUAUUUACAUUUAUUUUAUUAAACAAAUAAAUAAUUACAAAAUGAA